AUGCAGGCGGCGCGGGGGCCGCGGCCGAGGCUGAGCCGCCGGAGGCCGCCCUCGGGGCCGGGCGGCGCGGGGGCCGCGGCCGAGGCUGAGCCGCCGGAGGCCGCCCUCGGGGCCGGGUCCCCUGGCGCCAGCAGGCCCUGGUUCCUCCAGGAGGGCGGCGAGUGUGAGCACCCGUGGGCCGGGCUGCUGCGCUUGGUGGGCGCGGAUCUGACCCUGGACGACGAGCCGCUGCCCGCCUUUCCCGGCCAGGCCAGCGACAUGGGGAACAGCCCAUCCCCCAUCUUGAGACCCGUCGGGGAGCCUCUGACAUCCCUUGGCCACCCUGCAGUCAGCCCCACAAUCAGCCUCAACCUGUGGCUGAUGAAGCUGACAUCCUGGCACCUGCUCAGAGUCAUAGCACAAGGCUAA